GUGUUUGAAAUUAGAGAGAGAGAGAGAGAGAGAGCACGUGUGUAGCCUGUGUCUGUGGGUGCAAAAAGGAUUAAGAAGCCUCUCUUCCGACAAGACAUUUUCCAGAAGCGGCUGCAGCGUGAUGGCAGGGGCGAAUUUUCCAUCAAGAUGAAGUUCUAACGGUUGUGGGGCAGAUGCAGAGCGCUGCUUCAGAGUACAUCAUUCACUGGAGAUGAUUACAUGUACUCGCAUCUGCGAACGGGAGCUGCAAGACUUUCAAUGCAAAUGCAAAGGGACUUUUCAGGGUUAAAUGGUGCUGAUCACCGAGGAUGGUACCGGAGGAAAUCCACCUGUUUUCAAAGUCGAGCAAAAUGGAACUAUCGGGACUGGUAGCGGUGCGCUACAGGAGAGGGACUCACCUUCCCAAACUGUUGAAUCGGAUGAAACGGUGCAUAAAGACGAGGAUGACAAUGGUUACAUCUACGAUGACGAUGACGACGACGUGUACCAGGAAUUUGAGGAACUCGAUCUUUCGGACUUGCAGGACAACAGAAGCAUUGUGUCCGAUGAUUCCUUUUAUCCUCGCGACGAUUCUCUGUUCGGAAGAUCUCCCACCCCCGAUAGUCCAGAACCACUGACAUUUUUCAGAGCAUGCAGCAAUAACAACGCUAUCAUUGUGAAAAUAAUGAUACGACAAGGUGUAACUGAAGAAGAAGUACGAGAAGUAGAUAAAAACAACAGAUCUGGACUGAUACUUGCCUGUUACAAUGGCUAUGUAGAUGUGGUCAUCGCCCUGGCCCACUGUCCCUUCAUAGAUGUCAACUGGCAGGACAAUGAAGGGAACACUGCCCUCAUCACAGCUGCACAGGCCGGCCAUCUGAUGAUUUCCCAGUUCCUACUCAACUACUUCCCAGGGCUGGACAUCGAGCGCAGGAACUGCCAUGGGUUCACAGCCUUGAUGAAGGCGGCCAUGCAGGGCAGGGCAGAGUGUGUGCGCGCCCUCAUGAUGUCAGGUGCCGACGUCGAGGCCCGGGACUUCGGCCGCAAGCUGACGUCGCGCGAGUGGGCCCUCUUCACAUGCCGCUAUGAGACGGUGCGCAUCAUAGAACGUCUGAUGGAGCAGCCAUGCGCCGAGCAGUUCUGCGACUCGUACCGGCUGGAGUGGCCGCAGCUGGAAGAGAUGGUGGCCCAGGCGCAGGAGCCACGGUCCUGCUGGAAGCGCUUGACCGACUGCACCCGCUGCUGCACCUUCAGCAUCAGCAACAAAGUGAAUGCGGUGGACGACGGCGCGCUGGACUACAUGGUGCGCUUCACCACCGCCCUCAACGGGCCCAUCCUGGCCACAGGCUGCCACACCGUGUGCCCUCGGAGCCCGCCAUGCGUGGGCAAGCGGCGUCCGGCCGUGCAGGACAUCCUGCGGCAGCAGCGCGCCAACGAGCUGCGCAGCCUGGCCUCGGCUCCCGAGCGGCUGGCCACCUACAAGCGGCUCUUCCAGAACUCGCGCGUGCUGCUCGUGCCCAAGAAGAAGGAGCGGCGCGCCAGCCUGCAGCCCCAGAUGCUGCAGGACAUGGCGGUGGCGUCCUCGCUGGCGCUGCGCCGCUCCAGCCUGCUGCCCUUGCACAUGAUGCGCCGCAGCAGCGUGCGCCCGGGCCUGGUGGUGCCCAAGGUGAUGCUGUGCAAGGCGCCGCCGCCCGCCCACCCGCCCGAGAAGAAGCCGCGGCGCCACCGCGACGAUGCCCAUCUACAGAUACCCAAGUGGAAGUACAAGGAGGUGAAGAGCGAGAAGAAACGGGCGGACGACAAGAUCAGGUUCCCCUCCCCACGGAGAUGACGUUUGCCAGUGAGCUGCGCCACUUUGGUCUUUUUUAUCCCACUUUGACAAGCCAGUCACUUACAAACUUCUAAGAAAUGGAAACUUCACUACUUCACUUCAUUACUAUUUAUGAAAAAGACUUUUACUGUUUUGACAAGUGGUGUUUUAGUGGUGUUGAGCAUUAAUGAAUGGCGUCAGCAAUUAACCACACUUAUCAAGAGUAACAGAAAGACCACAUGUUUAUUCAUCUACCAUGUUAUAAUAAUUAUAAUUGUUGCUGUUGUUAUUAUUGUUAUUAUUGCUGUUGUAUUAAUGCCUCUCAUUCCACUAGUGAGGAAAUCAUACUUGAAAUUUGAUACAGAACACUUUUUUAUAACUGCAAUAAUUUGUUUGUACAGUAUUAACAUUUUGUUAUGACUGGGCACUGAUGAGACAUCUGGCCACAGAGGCCCUCAGCACUACGUAAUGAGACUAGGGGGGAAAGCUGUGAAGAUGUCCUCAAUAUCACAGUGGCAGUGUGUUAUCACAGUGUGAUACGUAUGUAGAGCUCAAUAAAAGGAGAACCUGC